AUGUCGUUUACUCCGCGUGUCAACCAGGUGCUCGAUAAAAGGCUUAGCCUACCAGAAAAGUUGGAAUCCACUAUAAGAGAUAAAUUAAUAGAUUCAUUACAUUGGCAAACAAUCGGGUCAGGUCAGGUUGUGUCAAGGUUCAGAACAGAUUGCGGAGAGAGUGAGUUCUGGCGGAGGGAGAAUUGGUUUCCAACUAAUCGGUGUGUGUGUGUCAAUCAUGGUUGUUUGGUCUACGAGUACAUGGAAAACGGGAGUUUGGACGAGCGAUUAUUUCGCAAAAACGACACACCACCGAUCCCGUGGUUCGACCGGUUCCGAAUUGCGUGGGAAGUAGCAUCAGCUCUAAACUUCCUUCAUAAUGCGAAACCAAAAUCAAUCGUUCAUCGUGACCUAAAACCAGCAAAUAUACUGCUUGAUAAAAAUCUCGUGAGCAAAAUAGGGGACGUUGGUCUCUCAACAAUGCUUCAAUCAGACUUCUCUUCCACAUCCACCAUUUACAAAGACACGAGUCCAGCGGGAACCCUUUGUUAUAUUGAUCCAGAGUAUCAACGAACAGGAUUAGUAUCUCCAAAAUCCGAUGUAUACGCUCUUGGUAUGGUGAUUUUGCAGCUGCUGACCGCAAGACCAGCAAUUGCAGUUACUCAUGUGGUGGAAACAGCUCUUGAAAACGAUGAGUUAGCCAGUGUGUUGGAUCAAGAUGCAGGCGACUGGCCGAUUGAUGAAGCGAAAGAGUUAGCAUAUUUGGGGUUGAGCUGCGCUGAGCUUCGAAGAAAAGAUAGACCAGAUUUGAAAAACAAGGUUCUUCCUGUAUUGGAACGACUAAAAGCAGUCGCAGAUGCAGCUCAAAGAUCCACAUCCAUGACGCGACCCACCCCUCCUAGCCCAAUACGCAAGGAUGUUAUGGUUGAUCCAUGUGUUGCUUCUGAUGGCUACACGUACGAUCGCAGGGCGAUAGAACAAUGGCUUGAAGAGAGUGAUAGCUCCCCGAUGACUAAUUUACCGUUGACGAGUAGGAGCUUAACGCCUAAUUACACGCUUCUUUCGGCAAUCAUGGAGUGGAAAUCAACAACCUAACCAUUUGAGUGAGAAUUUUUGAUGCAACCUAAUUUUUUUAGGAUUGUUUUAUGUACAUUUGUUUGAUUUAUCUAUAUAUUAUAUGGACAUGUCUUGAACUUUGAGUAUGAAAAUUUAUAAAGUAUACAUAGUUUUUUU